UUUUUUAUUACCCUGGAAACAAAGCUGAGAAUUGCCGUAGCUUUUGGCCAAAGAUCAUUGAGAGUUGCUGAAUCAGUAUGGAGGACAGCAGAGGAGUUGCAGUCCUCGUCCCACACACAAGGGGGCAGCAAGAGGCCGUCUUCAUCUCUGACCAAGACCUGCACAAUAGUGAAGACAAGCAGAGGCAGCAGCAGAAGCAGGCUGCAGAUUCUCUCAUUCAAGUCAUUGAGAAACUCAGCAAGAUUGUAGAGAAACGCCCCAGACGAUGCACGCUCCCUGGGAAGAAAAGACCUCCCCUUGCUUGCGCAUCUGUGACUCUCCCUGACAGCAGGGAUGGCAGCGGAGGGGCUACACCUCCUAAAAAACUUAAAGAACAACAGGGGGAAGAAGAGGAGAGCCAAUCACAAAACUGCUGCGCUGAGUCUGCUCUCAAAACUGAUCCUCCAAGUGGUGGUAGUCGGACUGUCACAUGUUACCAGUGUAGCUUGUGUAGGUUUUUGUCCCCUACACUGGACGUGCUAAAGGAACACUUGCAACAACACAAUGAGCAACAUAGCGACCUCAUCCUUAUGUGUUCCGAGUGUCGUUUCACUUCCAGCCACCAGACAGAACUAGAGGCCCAUGUGCGGCAACACUUAGAUAAAGGGGACUGCACCCAGGGCUCUGUGCCUGAGCCGGCUUGUCAGCAAAUAACUGAAUCCACCACGACCGAUCUGAAAGGGACGAGUGCAGAGUCCAUGAAAACGAAGUCACCAGGAACUGAGGGAACACAACCAACAACCAAGAAGUGGUACAGCUACGACCAAUGCGGUAGAUAUCGUUGUCUGAUCUGCAGUUACGAAUGUGGGCAGCAGCGCAAUCUUAAGACCCAUGCAUGGAAGCAUGCUGGCCUGGUUGACUGCUGCUAUCCCAUCUUUGAAGAUGAAACAGAGGCACGAGAACCCCAGUCAGUACUAGAAGUAGAGGAAGAGGCUAUUGUGGUCUUCACACCAGUGGGAGACAAAAGCCAAUCUCUCCAUGGUGCUUCCACCUUACAGAUCGAACUGUGUGCAUCACCAGAAAUGAAACAUCAAGGAGAGAUGAUCUCUAGGAACAUUAAAGAAUCCAGGAGUCCCUCUACAGUGGAGGCUUUUUCUUCCAAGGGUUCUGUCGCAGAGGAACCCAUGGUAGAAGUUCAGGUGACCACAGAGGCGGUAAUGGAGCUGGAGCUUGAAACUGAGAACCGCCAGUCAACAGAUGCUGACAGCCUGCUCUCUUCAGCACAGAAGAUCAUAAGCUGCAGUGCAAACAGCGAUGGACACGUAAAUGUGAUUGUGGAACGCCUUCCAUGUGCCGAGGAACCAGUUACCAGCAAGCCCCUCCUCCUCAGUCCAGAAGUGGGUGGUGAUAAAACCCUGUUGGCCUCUGAGGAGGUGAGGUCAGAGAGUCAGCCGCAUCCCAUUUAUUAUGAGGAACAAGAGGAGGUGGUGAUUGGCUGGAGUGGAAGUGAUAGACAGCCUAAGACGGAUGAAGGGACCUCAGAUCUCCGGCCUAACGAGAACGCCCCACCGGCUCGCAGAAGGACCCACUCCGAGUCGCUUCGACUACACUCGUUGGCGGCCGAAGCUCUGGUUGCCAUGCCAACCCGAACACCGGAGUUAGGAAAGGCUACAGUGAAGGACAUUGUGGGUCUCACCUCUCAGAGUCCUGAUACAGGGCAGCAACUUGUAGAGAUCACUGCCGCAGCCCAUCCUAAGACUUCAUCGGAGGAGUUCAUGGAUGGGAGCGAAGGUCCAGCAGCCCUUCUUAAUUUGGGACUGGAGGGUCCAGAAGGUUCUAGAGAAGAUGGUAUGGGUGAGGGUCCAGCUAAAGCUGGGAUCAGCAUGUCACUCUUGACAGUCAUUGAGCGACUCAGAGAGCGCUCUGACCAGAAUGCCUCAGAUGAGGACAUCCUGAAAGAACUACAGGACAACGCCCAAAGCCAGAGUGGGGAAACUGGUGCAGGAAUUGCGGUUGGAGGCAUGGAGGACACAUCUACACCCGAUGGAGGUCUCGUGGAGUAUGUGGCAGGCAGCGAUAGGCCAUAUCGUUGUCGAUUGUGCCGCUACAGCAGUGGAAAUAAGGGCUAUAUCAAACAGCAUCUUCGUGUGCACAGACAAAGACAACCCUAUCAGUGCCCAAUCUGUGAACACAUUGCCCAUGACAGCAAAGACCUAGAGAUUCAUAUGAUCCACCACUGCAAGACACGCAUGCACCGCUGCAAACAAUGCGGCGAGACUUUCCACUACAAGAGUCAGCUGAGAAGCCACGAAAGAGACCAGCACGGAAUGGGCGACUCGACACCAACACUGACACCAGUUACCGAAACCACAGUGACCUCAGAAGAGUCGGACAGGAUGAUAGAUAGGGACGUAGUAAAUGAGCAGAAAGUGUAUAAAUGUGACGUGUGUGAUUACACCAGCUCCACAUAUGUCGGUGUACGGAACCAUCGGCGGAUCCACAACUCAGACAAACCUUACAGGUGCUGCAGCUGUGACUUUGCCACCACCAACAUGAACAGUCUGAAGAGCCACAUGAAGAGACAUCCUCAGGAGCACCAAGCAGUGCAGCUGCUGGAACAGUACAGGUGUUCCCUCUGUGGCUACGUGUGCAGUCAUCCUCCGUCCCUGAAGUCACAUAUGUGGAAACAUGCUGGAGACCAGAACUACAAUUAUGAGCAAGUGAACAAGGCUAUUAAUGAGGCCAUCUCUCAGAGCAGCCGAUCCCCAAGCGCGUCUCAGAAGGCAUCUCCAGAGACUACAGCUGACCGCACUGUCGUGGUCCUUGGGAGGAAGGAUUCUGCUCUACCAGGGGACUCCUCAGGUUCCUCCUCCUCCUCCUCCUCCUCCUCCUCCUCCUCCAGUAGAGAACCAAGCAGGGCCGCUCAUGUGCAGAAGGGGGGCUCUGUUCUGCCCAGGACAGGUAUGGAGUACUGCAUGCUGCUGUUCUGCUGUUGUAUCUGCGGCUUUGAGUCAACCAGUAAAGAGCAGCUGAUGGAGCACAUGAAGGAACAUGAGGGAGACAUCAUCAGUAUCAUUCUAAGCAAGGAGCAGCUGGGAAGCCAACCAGCAGAGACGACAAGUGGUAGGCAGUGAAAGUGAGAGUAGGACUGUUCACAGGCAUACACACACACACACACACACACACACACACACAAAACAUGCAGUUCAGCAAAGAGCCAGUAAAUAUAAAGCAAGCUUGAAUUGUGCUUACACAAGUACACAGAGAAAUGCACACACUCACUGACACUGUCCUGUGACUGCUUUGUUCCGCAACAUCCAAACCCAGACACUGAUGUCU